CUUGCGGAAAAAAAGAACUGCAACCUUCAAUACCUUGCGCAGUCGGAUCCAUCAAUCAGCAACUAUUUAUACAAUGCCGACGGAAUUAGAAGAGUUGGUUGAAUUCCUCCAUCAUGGCAACACUCAAAUAAGGCAAAUUGCAUGCGAAAACCUUGUCGGCUUCUCAAAAUCCGAGCCCGGCCUAUUCAAACGCCACCAGCUUUUGCCAGUGCGUGAUCUGAAGCUCUUGGUCCGAGACUACACACCAAUCGCAAAGAAUGCCCUGACAAUACUUAUCAAUCUUUCAGCCGACGAAGAGAUAUUGGCCAAUCUCGCAAAUGAUGACGCCUUCGUGGAUACCCUCCUCGUCAAACUGACUAAUGUCAACGAGCCAAACGCAGAUGACGUCUCGAUGUUGAUUGCCAACCUUGCAAAGUCUAGCAAGAUAAACAGGCUUCUUACACUGAAGCGGAAAACCCCCGAGUCUGUGUCCAGCUCCGCCUUUGCCAUCGAUCAACUGAUGGAUUGUUUUGUGAAAGGCGCAGAAGGUGCUCUGAACAAACGCGCUAAUUUUGAUUACCUGUCAUAUCUAUUUGCCGAUCUCUCGAAAUCUGAAGAGGGCCGGGCCUAUUUUACAUCGAGACAAGAUUAUGAUGGUGUUGUACCAGUCACCAAGCUGAUCGUGUUUACAGAACACAAUAGUACGGUACGGAGAAAAGGAGUUGCGUCAACUAUCAAGAACGUCGCAUUCGACAUUCCUUUCCAUUCUGUGCUUCUCUCCGAGGACGACGCCAACAUCCUACCGUAUAUUCUCUUGCCCAUUGCUGGGCCAGAGGAGUUUGUCGAUGAAGAGUCCAUGGACAUGCUAGCGGACCUACAAUUGCUCCCGCCGGACAAAAAGAGAGACAGCGACAGCAGCAUUAUAGUCACCCAUCUUGAAACUCUUUUGUUGCUGACAACCACGCGCGAGGGACGAAACAUCAUGAGGGCAAUUAAGGUCUACCCUAUUAUCCGCGAGUGUCAUCUCCACGUCGACGACGAGGAUGUUCGAGAAGCCUGUGACAGGCUGGUUCAGGUUUUGAUGCGCGAGGAACAGGGUGAAGACAGCACAGAUGCGCUGCAGGAAAACGCCACCAAUACAAAUGACAGGCGGCAAGAUGAUGAGGACGAGAAGGUCGUGGAGCUGUUUUAAGUGGACAAUGAUUAUACAUUAACAUUAUAUCUACCAUCGGAAAUCAUUGAGAUGGAAUGUGUAUGUGCAGAGAUGAG